AUAAUUUAAAAAAAAUGGUGGAAAGAUAAUGUGCAUUCGUUUCAAACCACACGAUUUUUUGCGACUUUAUUUUGGACACCCGGUGGUGGUAGCGGUGGCCGGCGAUUGACAGUGGCGUUGGAGUAUAACAUGGAUGUCCAUCAGCUACUCUGGAGAGAAAGACUACUGUGAAAUCUGGUUAGGAUAUCAUGAAGGGGUGAGGGCAUACAAAUCAUGGUGUCUUGAACUGAGAUUCAAGAGGUGUAUGACCAACUAUCAUGUUAUUUUCAAUGAGAUUGUGAGGCGUAUAAAUCAAAGGUUUUUGAGUUUGUUGACAGUUGAGAUGUCAAGAUAAAGAAAUCUAACUUUGAUUAAGGUUGUGCCAAGAGUUUUCUCUGAUUUUCUUUUGACAGACCAUGAUGAGUUUGGAGAAGAUCUUACUAAAGAGCACCAAGUUGAUGAUGGUUAAAGUGUAGCACGAGGAAGGACAAGGAGAGUCAUCAAACCACCAGAAAGUAAGGAGAAGAAGGAAUGAUUGAACAAAAUGAAUGAAGAGAUGAAGACACAACAUGAUAAUCAUACAUGUAGGUUGAAAAGGAGACUUGUUGGUGCAAAGAUAGAUCAGUUGUAAAUGGAUUUUAAAAAAAAUGAUGAAAUUCUAGGAAUUGACCAGGGAAGGUUUAAAGGAAGAUUGAUUUCUAGAGGUUUUAUCAAAGGAAGGGGAUUCAUUAUAAUGAUGUGUUCUCGCCCGUAGUAAAGCAUAGAUCAGAGAAAAUACUGCUAUUUUCUGAGUUUGAUCUUGAAUUGGAGUAAAAGGGUGUCAAGACUGCCUUCUUGUAUGGAAAUCUUAAGGAAACCAUUUUUGUGAAGCAACCAUAAGGGGUUGAGGUGAAUGGUUGUUCUGGACUUGUACCUGUUCCGUGCCUAGUGUUAGAGAAGUUUGUUCAUGAGCCAAGGUGGAGAUUUGUUGGUUUUUGGCUCAGUCAACUAGAUGUAUCGACUAUCUCUAGCAUUGUCAUAUCACCUGUCUAUUCUAUCAACUGAGGAUUGGUAAGCCGUGAGAACAUGUUGAGAAGCAUAGUCCGUGAACUCAAGGAGAUGAGAGAUGGAAUAGGUAGCACAUCUAAGCGGGGUGCAGGUGCAGAAAGCAAGCUUCGGCUCAGUCGAACAAAGUCACAUAUUGCUCCAGAUGUUCUUGCAACUACAUUUGAAUUUAUUCAACAGGGACAAUGGGCAAAUCUUCCACAAGAAUUGCUUUUCGACAUAAUCCAAAGGGUUGAAGAGAGUGAAACAUCUUGGCCUGACCGAGCUGUUGUUGUCUUCUGUGCUUCUGUAUGUAAAUCUUGGAGGUCGAUUACAAAAGAGAUUGUCAAAACUCCUGAACAAUGUGGAAGGAUCACAUUUCCUAUUUCAUUGAAGCAGCCCGGUCCACGUGAUUCUCCAAUUCAGUGCUUUAUAAGGAGGAACAAAGAAAGUUCUACAUAUCUGUUGUACUUUGGUCUGGUACCAUCAGAGAAUGACAAUAACAAGUUGUUAUUAGCGGCCAAAAGGAUAAGAAGGGCAACAGGCACUGAUUUUGUCAUAUCCUUGGCCACAGAUGAUUUUUCCCGAGCCAGCAAUAAAUAUGUUGGUAAACUGAGAUCUAAUUUUUUGGGUACCAAGUUCACCAUACAUGACAGUCAACCUCCCCAUGAUGCUGCAAUUCAACCCAAUUGUCAAUAUAGUAGGAGAUUUCAUUCUAAGCAGGUGUCACCAAGAGUUCCAGCUUGUAGCUACCUUGUUAGCACAGUUUCCUACGAGCUGAACGUCCUUUGCACUAGAGGGCCAAGAAGAAUGCAUUGUGUCAUGAACUCUAUACCCGUCUCAGCAAUUCAGGAAGGGGGCAACGCCCCAACUCCAACUUCUUUCCCUCAAAUAUUUGAUGAACCUUUUUCUCCAUCACCAGCAGCGAAAGAAAAAGUUCCAGUCCCCGAUUUAAACUCUGCAAGCUUAUCAGAGCCACUAAUAUCGAGCCAAGUUUCAACUGAGCAAUUAGAACUGAAAAACAAGGCUCCACGAUGGCAUGAGCAGCUACAGUGCUGGUGCCUAAACUUCAAGGGUCGUGUGUCUGUGGCUUCUGUUAAGAACUUUCAGCUUGUAGCUGCUGUUGAUCCAUCUCAUAACAUUUCUGCUGAGGAGCAAGACAAGGUAAUCCUGCAGUUUGGAAAGAUUGGAAAAGACAUAUUCACCAUGGAUUACCGUUAUCCGCUCUCUACCUUCCAAGCCUUUGCCAUAUGCUUGAGUAGCUUUGACACAAAACCUGCCUGUGAAUGAGAUUCAUGACCACAACUUGAUCAUCAUCUGCUGAGUUGUUGAUUGUCAACCAUGGUGACAUGCAGCUGAAAAUUUAGCUGUUCAUCCGGUGGUAACCUUCCCUUGAAUCGGUUGUUGAUUAUGGAAUUUGUUCUAUUUGUUAUCUCCCCGUCGCCUAAAAUGAAAUUGUAUGAAGUUUAAUGAUUUGUGUAAUAUAUGUUCGGGGUAUUCCUCCCUCACGAAUGUUUUUGAUUUGUUUAAAGAGCUUAAUGGUAAUAUAAACAUUACACCAUCAA